UGGCCAUGGCGUACUGAACUAGGGAAAGGGACCGGAGCCACUGAAAAAAUAGACCGAGAGAGAGCGACCAAGAUCCGGGCCCUCCCCCGGCUCUGUUCGCCCCGCCAUAUUAUAUCCAUAGCCAAUCGCACCAUAGACUCUAGGAUAACGGCACAGAAUUAUCCAUGAGAACUUUAAUCGGAACGGUUUUGAACAUUAGGGGAUCGGAUAGAUUUAUGCUGCAUCUCGAAUUAUAAAAAAUGAGCAAACUGUCGUUCCGGGCACGGGCGCUGGACGCUUCCAAGCCACUACCCGUCUUCCGUUGUGAGGACUUACCCGACCUGCACGAAUAUGCAUCUAUUAACCGGGCAGUGCCACAGAUGCCAACGGGGAUGGAGAAAGAGGAGGAAUCGGAGCACCAUCUCCAGCGGGCUAUCUCGGCUCAGCAGGUGUAUGGAGAGAAGAGGGAUAACAUGGUGAUUCCUGUCCCUGAGGCGGAGAGUAACAUCGCCUACUAUGAGUCUCUGUACCCGGGAGAAUUCAGGAUGCCAAAACAGCUCAUACACAUACAGCCCUUCAGUCUGGACGCGGAGCAGCCGGACUAUGACAUGGACUCUGAGGAUGAGGCCUUUAUGAUGAAGCUGAGGAGGAAGAUGGACGUCGGCGCUCUGCAGUUUGAGGAUAUGAUGGACCGACUGGAGAAAGGCAGCGGCCAGCAGUUGGUGACCCUGCAGGAGGCGAAGUUGUUGUUGAAGGAGGACGAUGAGUUGAUCAGGGAAGUGUUUGAGUACUGGAGCAGGAAGAGGAAGUCGUGUUCCAGUGGCUCCCUCAUUCCCAGUGUCAAACAGGAGAAGCGUGAUGGCUCCAGCACUAACGACCCGUAUGUGGCUUUCCGACGGCGCACAGAGAAGAUGCAGACCAGAAAGAACCGUAAGAACGACGAGGCCUCCUAUGAGAAGAUGUUGAAGCUGAGGAGAGAUCUGAGUCGAGCUGUCACCAUUUUGGAAAUGAUUAAGAGACGAGAGAAGAGCAAGAGAGAACUGCUCCACCUCACACUGGAGAUAGUGGAGAAGAGGAACAGCAUGACAGACUUUGGUGGGGAGGUGAUGGCGGAGGUCAUGGCUCAGAGAGCUUUAGUAAAACCAGUUUACCCCAUUCCCCUUAUUCCCAUCACCAACAGCAACCAGUACAGACACACUGAACACGACCGCCAGGACUACAAGAGCAAGCCCGAUAAACCUGAGGUGGUGCGGCAGAAGCGUAAGUAUGAGAAGAAAGCCAAGCCCCUGGCGUUGACUGGAUCUGCCCAUCACUCCGGCCCGGCCGCUUUCAAUGCUAAGGACCUGAACCAGUAUGACUUUCCCAGUUCCGACGAUGAGCCCUUCUCACAGAUGUUGUCUGGGUCGUCUGACGCGGAGGAGGAGAACGACCCAGACGGAGUGUUUGCGUUUCGGAGGCGUGCAGGCUGUCAGUAUCACGCUGCCCGCGUUGAGCAGUGUGGCAGUUGGCCCUGGUCCGAUCCUGCCCACGGGGGAUUGGGAGACAUUCGUUACCGUUACUCGCUCACCACGCUUACGUCGCCAUGGCGAUGUCUGGGGUUGGCACGACGACGCGUGGGCCGAGGCGGCAGGGUUCUGUUGGACCGAGCACACUCUGACUGGGACGCGGUGUAUCACGGGCUGGACCCGGAUUGGCUAGCGUCCCCGUCGCUGUCUCCCACCCACCAAUCCAGUACCUCACACACUCACACCAGCACCAAUACCUCUGCCUCGGGCCCCGGCCCCGCCCGCCCCUCUCCCCUGUCCCCGUCAUCAUCGCCACGCUCCUCAGACCUCAGACAGAUUCUACUCAACAUUAAAGCUCGUCGCUGGAGGCAUUUUAGGCCUCGGACGCCACCGCCAAACGACCUCGAGAACCCAGAGCCCUGGUCGUCACGGAGACCGGGCCGCAGAGGCCUCGUACGACCCACGCGCGCGGCCAGGGCCGCGCAUCCCGCAGGCUCCGCCCCAAGCAGCAGGGUCCCCGCCCCGCCGCCCACACCUGCUUUCACCGCUGAGCAGUACCAGCAGCACCAGGAGGAGCUGGCACUGAUGAAGAAACAGCAGCUGGAGCAGACGCAGCAGCAGCAGGCUGGCCUGUCAGCCACGCCUAACCCCCAGGGUUUGGUGUCCAAGACGUUGGACUCUGAGAGCGCUCAGUUUGCUGCCUCUGCCCUGGUGACCUCUGACCAGCUGCUGGUGAUGAAGAGUAAAGAGGAGGGGGUUCUGGGAGUUGGAGUCAACGGUGUUGUCUCAGGCUCUGGAGUUUAUAAGGGCUUUCACCACAUGAGCACAACCUCCACUGGUCCACCUACGCCUUCAAACCACCAAUCAGCUGCGCCCGUCACCACCAACAACGGCACUCCUGCAGCCAAUCACCUUGCCAGCACCGCUAGCCCCGCCCCUGCCCAGGCUCUGAUGGGUAAUGCUCUCCGUGUGGGGGUGCCCUCCCCUGCCGGCGCCCUAAAUGUCAGACACAUUCAGCGGCCGCUCACGGUGCCAGCCUCUGCUCUGAAGCUGGCGGCCAAUGCCAACCGACAGAUCCCCAAAGUCGCCACGGGGCCCACUAGCCUCGACAUGGGCUCCAGAGAAAACCACGAUCAAGACAAGCCAUCUCUCAACAGUUUAACAGACAAUACAGUAGCCAUGGAGGUUACGUAGCCACACACACACACACACACACACACACACGCCACCACCACCUCUGGAAUGGGGCAACUUCUCUAGGUGCUAUGCAUCGUAGUGACGCUGUGUUUCCAUGGCAACCGUUGGGACUUAACUGCAAUGCUCUUUUUUUUUUUUUUUUGUUUUCUGUUUUUCUCCCUUCUUUUUCCUAAUUGUUAAUAAGAAAUAUGAACAUCUGUAAAUGAUGAAUUAUGGCAGUCAUUCUGUGUACAGUACCUGCAUAUUUGUAAUACAGCCUCUUGUAUAUAACAUUACUUAAAUACAGAAAAUGAUCAUUUGUGAUGUUUUGCA